CACUCACACUUCCAAACCUCUGAGCUUCAUACUGCGGUCUCAAGUCAGGUGUGUGUUUGCGUCAACAGUGCUUCUGUCUAAAAAUGAAGACAGAUGUUGUAGCCCAAAUUGAAGUCAUACCAUGCAAAAUCUGUGGAGACAAGUCAUCAGGCAUCCACUAUGGAGUCAUCACAUGUGAAGGCUGUAAGGGUUUCUUUAGGCGCAGUCAACAGAACAACGCCUCCUACUCCUGUCCCCGUCAGCGCAACUGCCUAAUUGACCGAACAAACCGCAACCGCUGCCAGCACUGUCGGCUCCAAAAGUGCCUGGCUUUGGGCAUGUCCCGGGAUGCUGUUAAGUUUGGCCGCAUGUCCAAGAAACAGAGAGACUCCUUGUACGCAGAGGUUCAAAAACACCAGCAGAGGCUGCAGGAGCAGCGGCAGCAGCAGACGGGCGAAGCGGAGGCCCUCGCUCGUGUUUACUCCUCCAGUCUCACCAACGGCCUCAGCACCCUCAACCAUGAAAUUGGAGGGACAUACGCCAAUGGUCACAUUAUAGACAUGCCCAAGGGUCAGACGAACGGCGCUCCUGGAGGUUACUAUGGCAUGGACUCCACACAGGCCAGCCCGGAUCAGUCUGGACUGGACAUGACUGGAAUGAAGCAGAUCAAGCAGGAACCCAUAUAUGAUCUCACUCCUGUUCCCAACCUUUUCACCUACGGCUCCUAUCAGGAUAGCCAGCUAGCACCUGGAGUGUCUAUGGGGGAAUUAGACCGAAUUGCACAGAACAUCAUAAAGUCCCACCUGGAGACGUGUCAGUACACAGCGGAAGAGCUUCAGCAGCUAGCCUGGCAGACGCACUCCUAUGAAGAGGUCAAGAUGUACCAAAGCAAGACACGGGACGUGUUGUGGCAGCAGUGUGCUAUGCAGAUAACUCAUGCCAUUCAGUAUGUGGUCGAGUUUGCUAAGCGCAUCACUGGCUUCAUGGAGCUUUGCCAGAACGACCAGAUAUUGCUGCUGAAAUCAGGUUGUCUGGAGGUUGUGCUGGUCAGAAUGUGCCGGGCAUUCAACCCUCUCAACAACAUGGUUCUGUUUGAGGGGAAAUAUGGAGGCAUGCAGAUAUUUAAAGCUCUAGGUUGUGACGACCUGGUCAGUGCGGUGUUUGACUUUGCCAAGAGUUUGUGUUCACUGCAGUUAACGGAAGAGGAGAUCGCCCUUUUUUCUGCUGCGGUGCUCAUUUCUACAGACCGGCCUUGGUUAAUGGAGCCCAGGAAAGUGCAGAAGCUACAAGAGAAAAUCUACUUUGCCCUGCAGCACAUCAUGCAAAAGAACCAUCUGGACGAGGACGCCCUGGCCAAGCUGAUUAGCCGGAUCCCUACGCUGUCGGCUCUGUGCACUCUCCACACGGAGGAGCUUCAGGCCUUCCAGCAGCUCCACCCAGAGACCGUUAACAUGCUCUUUCCUCCUCUCUAUAAGGAGCUUUUCAAUCCUGAUGCCGCUGGUGUCAUGCCCAAAUGACCAGACACGUUUACCCACACACUUCUACGUCUUUCAUUUAACAAUCGACAGGCUGUCCCUGGAAGGUGUUGCAGAAGAUGAACACCGUGGCGCAGCAUCCGCAGAUUUUGGAGCCACACAACAACAACAACAAACUCUAGGAAUGUUCUGCACUUCAAAAAAACAACUCAAUUUCACCGGUACAGUCAUAAGAAUGUAUAUAUGCGGCAGCAGCAAAAGGCGCCUUCAGUUUGACAAGAAAUGUACAGACUUUAGGACAAUUUAAGCUGUCUUUAAAUUGGGUAAGUUAAUUUGUUCAAUUUGAUUUCUCUCUUUUUUAUAUAAAAUAUUGUUAUAUUGAAAUGAGAAGGUGGGGAGUGCAUUCAAAAAUGAUAAUGUAGUAAUUUCUUUAGUACAAAGCGGUAUUCCAGUAUUACAUUUUGUUCUGUUAAUAUUUUAGUCAUAAUUUAAAAACAACGGUGGCCUGAAAGGCCCGUACCUUGUCAAUGUAAUUUUUCGUAUUUGUUUUGUAGUUUUACCUGUACAUAAUAUGUGAAAUUGAAACUGGUAUAAGGUUAACGGGGGACUAACUUUGUUUGGUCACGUUUAAAAGCCUUGUCUGGGCUAUGUAGAUAUGUAUAAACAGCACCACAUUAAUCCUACCACUAAGGAUUUUUGAAGUGGAAAAAUAAUUGAUAAUGAUUAUUUUCCAUACGAAAAUAUAGAGAUAUAUAUUUUACAAAAAUUGUAUGGCUGAUUACCAUCUUGUCAGUCAUAGAUGCAAUAACAGUUUCUGUAACUGCUGAAAAACAAUCCAGUCAAAUGUGACAUUAUGGGAAGCCCUCAGAACUACUUCGAAUCUAUAAUCCC